AUGAAUUCUUUUCCUGGUGACGCACAAAAAGCGAUAUUAAGAUACUUUACUGCAGAGCAAUGUAAAAAUAAUCCUUGCCUAAAUGGUGGCAAAUGUGUUGUUGGAAAACACGCCUGUGAAUGUUCAAAUGGGUGGAUGGGCAAAUACUGCCACAGUACGAACUCAAGACACUGUAGAGAUAUAUAUAAAACGUGUCAAAUAUGGGCUCAAGAAGGAAAUUGCAAUAUCUUGAAAACUCAUACAACAUUUUUUGAACUAAACUGUGCUGUCAGCUGUGAAAAGUGCACCCAAAAUACCAGCAACAUACUUAGCGCAGUACCUGUUCCACCAGCGUUAGAGCCACUAUUUUUCAUGGCUGGUGUGUGGCGAUCAUUAGCUGGCAAAAAAUUACGCUUUCCUUCUGAUAUGCAUGAAGACCAUUACGAAGAAAUUUUGAAAAUAACACCUGCUGAAGUACCAAUGUUUGGUGCUCCGUCGUACAACUACACGUAAUA